AUGGAAAUAGGUCCUAGCGAUUUGAAAGAGAAGUCGGUAAUACAGGAUAUCGAUACGAUCAUAGAUGGCAAUGACAGCGAUAGUCAUAACAGUAACACUGGUGAGCUAGGGCGUCGGAAGCGGAAAACCUCCGUUUCUUCUACGCAGUACGAAGACUUGGCCACGGAGAAAGAUGAAUUGUUGGAACACCACGAUGUGAAGAGGUCGCUUAAACAGAGACACAUUGGUAUGAUCGCCUUGGGUGGUACCAUUGGUACGGGUCUUUUCAUCGGUAUUGCUACGCCGUUGGCCAAUGCGGGCCCUGUGGGUGCGCUGGUUGCUUAUUUAUUCAUGGGAACCGUUGUCUUCUCAGUGACGCAGUCCCUGGGUGAAAUGGCUACUUUCAUCCCAGUCACUUCCUCUUUCUCCGUUUUCGCUCAGAGAUUCUUGUCUCCAGCAUUGGGUGCUGCAAACGGUUACAUGUACUUCUUGUCCUGGUGUUUCACAUUCGCUUUGGAAUUGUCCGUGGUUGGCCAGAUCAUCCAGUUCUGGACUUUUAAAGUGCCAUUGGCAGCUUGGAUCAGUAUUUUCUGGGUGCUCUUGACUGCGUUCAAUAUGUUCCCAGUUAAGUUUUACGGUGAGUUUGAAUUCUGGAUCGCUUCUAUUAAAGUCCUCGCACUGAUGGGUUUCCUAAUUUACUCUCUAUGUAUAGUGUGUGGUGCUGGUAAGACUGGUCCUAUCGGUUUCCGUUAUUGGCGUAACCCUGGUGCUAUGGGCCCCGGUAUCAUCUCAUCUAACACUGGUGAGGCAAGGUUUUUGGGUUGGGUUUCAUCGCUGAUUAACGCUGCAUUCACAUAUCAAGGUACUGAACUGGUCGGUAUCACCGCCGGUGAAGCCGCAAACCCAAGAAAAGCAGUUCCCAGAGCGAUCAGAAAAGUCCUGAUCAGAAUCUUGCUCUUCUACAUUGGUUCUUUGUUCUUUAUCGGAUUGACUGUCCCUUACAACGAUCCUAAGCUGACUAGUACCGAUUCUUACGUCUCCUCUUCUCCUUUCAUCAUUACAAUUCAAAAUGCGGGAACAAGAGUACUGCCACAUAUCUUUAACGCUGUCAUUCUGACUACUAUCAUCUCAGCAGGUAACUCAAAUGUUUAUGUUGGAUCUCGUAUUCUGUUCAGUAUGGCAAAGAAUGGUCUAGCUCCAAAGUUCUUGGCCAAGACUACUUUGCAAGGUGUUCCAUAUUUAUCUGUCCUUGCUAUUUCUGCAUUUGGUUCAUUGAGUUAUAUGGAGUUGUCCACUGGUGGUGCCAAGGCCUUCAAUUGGUUGUUGAACAUUACAGGUGUGGCCGGUUUCUUCGCAUGGCUGUUAAUCUCUUGCUCUCACGUUAGAUUCAUGCAGGCAUUGAAACAUCGUGGUAUCUCAAGAGAUGAUUUACCUUAUAAAGCGCUAUGGAUGCCAUGGUUGGCUUAUUACGCCAUUUUCUUCAUGGUUGUUAUAAUCUUGAUUCAAGGUUUUACCUCCUUUGCACCUCAUUUCAGCGGCAGAGAUUUCGUUGCUGCAUACAUCUCGGUGGGUUUGUUCCUGGUUUUCUGGGGCUUCUUCCAAAUCUACUUCAGAUGCAGAAUAAUAUGGAAACUAGAAGACGUUGAUAUCGACACAGACCGUAGAGAAAUUGAAUCUGUGGUCUGGGAAGAUGAUGCACCAAAGACACUUUGGGAUAAGUUUUGGGACUUUGUUGCCUAA